UUUGCGUUGCAUGGAGGGGACGCAUCCCGGCUCGGGGCCGGGCUCAGUGUGCUGCCGGGGGGACCCGCGGGCGGACCGGCUUCUGCUCCCUCGGCUCUUCUGCUGAGAGUCCCGCCAUCUCGGCGGGAGGCAAAGAAAGGAGGGAGGAAAGAGGCGCAGCGAGCUCCCUGCACGUCCCGGAGCAGCGCGUCGGAAGGAGCAACUUCCCCCGGCCCGCUUUCUCGCCUCGCCGGGCUCUGGAACGGCCGGAGAGCUCGUCGCGAGCCUCCCCGGAUGGAUUCUCUUCUUUUUUGUGCGAUGAUGCUCUCUUGCUUGGUGCCUCAGCGGUGCGGGCUCGCCUCCGGCAGGGAAGCCAGAGUCCAAGAGUUGCUCCUGUCUGGAAAGCUAAGUGAAUAUGAUGUGAUUGUGCCCUUCAGUGCAGAUCACCAGGGACGGUUCCUAUCACACGUGGUGUCUGAUUCACUGGCCCCUCCGCAUCACUCAGGUCGACACAGGAUGGUUCGCAGCAUCCCUGUGAAACAAGGCAUGUCUGGGAAUCACUUGUACUUCUUCAACGUUACUGUUUUGGGGAAGGAACUGCAUCUUCGCUUGAAGCCCAACCACAGGCUGGUGUCUCCUGGUGCUCUGGCUGAGUGGCAGGAAGAUUUCCAAGAAGUCUUUCAGGAACCCUUGAAGCAGGAAUGCAUUUUCACAGGAGGCAUUACAGGCAUGCCAGAUGCCACGGUGGCUAUUAGCAAUUGUGAUGGAUUGGCUGGUCUCAUUCGAACAGACAAUGGCGAAUUUUUCAUUGAGCCUCUGGAGAGAGGGCAGUGGGAGAAAGAAAAAGAUGGGAGAGCUCACGUGGUUUACCGCAGGUCUGCUAUCAAACAAGAGAGAACAGAAGCAUUCAAAGACUAUCAUAAUGAAGAUUUCAUCUUGGGUCAGCUCCCUCAAACUCUGAAUCUGAUUGAAGAUCAGAUUGGUGAAGCAGAUCGGAAGAGGCGACAUGCAAAGAAGGAUGACUACAAUAUAGAGGUCCUGUUGGCCGUGGAUGAUUCGGUUGUACGGUUCCAUGGGAAGGAGCAUGUCCAGAAUUAUGUUCUCACCCUUAUGAACAUAGUAAAUGAAAUUUACCAUGAUGAAUCACUGGGGGUCCACAUAAACAUUGUCCUUGUUAGAAUGAUCAUGGUGGGAUACAGACAGUCCAUCACUUUAAUAGAACGAGGGAACCCAUCUCGAAGCUUGGAGCAAGUAUGUCGCUGGGCUCAUUCUCAACAGCGUCCAGAUUCUGCGCAUGCCGAAUACCAUGAUCAUGCUGUAUUCCUCACCAGGCAAGAUUUUGGUCCCGCAGGUAUGCAAGGUUAUGCUCCUGUCACUGGCAUGUGCCACCCUCUGCGUAGCUGCACUCUUAACCAUGAAGAUGGAUUUUCUUCAGCCUUUGUAGUUGCUCAUGAGACUGGACAUGUGUUAGGUAUGGAACAUGAUGGCCAAGGUAACCAAUGUGCUGAUGAGACUGGCAUGGGUAGUAUCAUGGCACCACUGGUGCAAGCUGCAUUUCACCGUUAUCACUGGUCCCGAUGUAGUAAACAGGAGUUGAACCGUUAUAUACAUUCUUAUGACUGCCUCUUAGAUGAUCCUUUUAUGCAGGACUGGCCGAAACUGCCGGAGCUGCCAGGAGUUGAUUACUCUAUGGAUGAGCAAUGCCGCUUUGACUUUGGUGUGGGAUACAAAACAUGCACAGCUUUCAGAACUUUUGACCCUUGCAAACAGCUGUGGUGCAGCCAUCCAGACAACCCUUAUUUCUGUAAAACAAAGAAAGGACCACCCUUGGAUGGAACGGAGUGUGCAUUGGGCCAGUGGUGUUUCAAGGGUCACUGCAUCUGGAAGACUUCAGAACAACCUUACAGCCAGGAUGGCAGCUGGAGUUCCUGGUCCAAAUUUGGUUCCUGCUCCAGGACUUGUGGGGGUGGGGUGCGUUCCCGCAGCAGGAACUGCAACAAGCCACCCCCAGCUUAUGGUGGCCGUCAGUGUCCAGGUGCUAUGUAUGAAUAUCAGGUCUGCAAUACAGAAGAAUGCCAAGGUUCCUAUGAGGAUUUUCGUGCUCAGCAGUGUUCCAAGCGGAACUCUUAUUACACCCAUGAAAACUCCAAACACACUUGGCUUCCCUACGAACAUCCUGAGGAUGCCCAGAAGUGUGAACUGAUUUGCCAGUCUGAGGAAACUGGGGAUGUGGUAUUUAUGAAUCAGGUUGUUCACGAUGGUACCAGGUGCACCUAUAGAGACCCAUACAGUAUCUGUGUAAGGGGUGAAUGUGUGCAUGUUGGCUGUGACAAAGAAAUUGGCUCUCUGAAGGAGGAUGACAAGUGUGGUGUUUGUGGGGGUGACAAUUCCCACUGUCGGACAGUGAAGGGAACUUUGGUCAGAAUCCCCAAACAGUCAGUGGGUGCUCUGAAAAUGUUUGAGAUUCCAGUAGGUGCCCGGCAUGUUCAGAUUGAAGAGAUGGAACCUGCAUCCCAUACGAUUGCUGUUAAGAACCAGGCCUCUGGUGACUUCAUUAUCAAUCCCAGCGUCAAAAGUGUCAAGAGCCAAACCUUCCUAAAGGUGGGUCUGGAAUGGGAAUACGCCACUGAGAAUGGCAAGGAAAGUUUGAAGACUAGUGGUCCCCUUCAUGAAGCUAUCAAUGUUCUGGUCAUCCCACAAGAUGAUAAUUCCAAAAGCAGCUUGAUGUAUAGGUACAUCAUUCAUGAAGAUCUCCUCCCUGUCAUUGGAAACAAUAAUGUCCUUCUCGAAGAAAUGGAUAUCUAUCAGUGGGCUCUUAAGGGCUGGUCUCAGUGCUCAAAAGCUUGUGGAGGAGGAAUACAGUACACCAAGUAUGGAUGCCGGAGGAAGAACGAUAACCGAAUGGUACACCGGAACUUCUGUGUCAAUGGAAAGAAAGCAAAGUCAAUCCGCAGAAGGUGUAAUGUGCAAGAGUGCUCUCAACCAAUAUGGGGGGUUGAGCAGUGGGGUGCUUGCAGCAAGUCCUGUGGCAAGCUGGGGGUCCAAAUCAGAGUGGUGCAGUGCCUACAACAGCUACAGAAUGGCACAAAUCGGACAGUGCAUUCAAAGUACUGUGUAGGAGAGAAACCAGAUUCUCGACGCCCAUGCAGCCGCACCCCAUGUCCUGCCCAAUGGAGGACGGGGGCCUGGUCCCAGUGCUCAGUCAGCUGUGGAGAAGGCGUUCAACAACGCCAAGUGGUCUGCAAGUCCAGUGACAAUGGUACUGGUCAGUGUGACAAUGAGAAGCCAGAGGCUUUCCAAGUUUGCCAACUGGACGCAUGCCCAGGAAACCCACCCAAUGUCACAGCGAAUGCAAACACGAGCAAUCACGUGACUCCUCAGGUCCAGUGGGUUUCACAGGAGAGCGUCAAAAAUCCUGUCAGCAAGGUAUCGUCAAAGGAGCCUUGCCUUGGGGACAAGUCCGUAUUCUGCCAAAUGGAAGUUCUGGCCCGGUACUGCUCCAUUCCGGGCUACAACAAACUGUGCUGUGAAUCCUGCAGCAAAAAAGUUGCCACCACUCGGCCUCCUAGCAUUGAUCACAGAGCCCCUGAGACUGAAGUUCAGGAGGGGGCUGUCCUUCCCAGCCCUUUGCCACCACUGCUUUCCUACCCCACUGUUGUGAGUCAUCUGCAAAGGAUGAAGGCCACCACUUCAAAGGAGACGGUCCAUCCCUUGCUCACCACACUUGCCAGUUUAACAGCCCACAGCACCUGCCGGGUGACUACUCCUUGGCACUGUCCUGCCAACAGCACCACAAGAGCUAGAAGAUCAGGUCUCCUGUCUUCUCUUCGCCGGGUGAAUGCUGGGUGGAUUCCUGAGGAUCUCCAGAUUAAUUCAACAUUCCAGCAGUUCCCUGUGGUGUUGGACAAAAUUUUAGCUGCAUCACAGAGAGAAAGCAAAUCCUCUCAUGUCUCUUCAGGUGUAGCAGAACAGGAAAGGGACAAUGGGGUGUCGGAACAGCCAGCUGCCAUUCUUAGGACCUCCUCCCUGACAUUGACAUGAGCAUGGCUUCCCUUUGCUAGAACUUCAUCUCUCUCUUUUUCUCUCUCCACAGAUUCUGUGGGGCACAGACAAGACGUUUCUUGGUUCCUUCCUAAAGCUGAAGGAAUACCAAUUCAGAGUAAUAGCCCAUUCAUUUAUAAAAGCAACAACAAUUUUGCUGUUUUGUAGCACUUUUCUAAAGGCUUAAAAAGCAAAGCAAGAAGCAAAUAGGUAUAGUUACAGUGCCAUUUUGUUACAAAUGAGAAACCAAGAGUAAUUGAAUACCCAGCGCCUAUAAGUUAUUUCAGAGCAUUAUCUUCAGUAAGCAGGUCUUUUCUUUAAAGGUGCUAAUAAGAGAUUUUUUUUAAGUAACAAGAGAACAAAAGCAACCCAGGGAUCUUGUUUUCUUCCUCCUUGGUUUCUGCCCAUUUCUGCUGCUAUUCCUGUCAUCUGAGUUUCUAAAAUGGGCUAUUUAUUACACAGCUUUAGCCUGAGUGGAACAUGAACUGGCUGUUUUAGGCAAUGUAAGGGAGACCUCCCAUGGAGGGGAGAAAUGAAGAAAAGUAGUUUAAAUAACAGGAAAGAUGUGUAUGCACAAUUUGGAUAAGUAGACUCCUGAAUUAGCAACAUAGAAUCCAAGCUGAUUAUUUGGAGUCCUGGGGAGAGUCAGGCCUUAAUUGGAAACCAAGCAGGGAGAAUGUGUGAACAUAAUGAUUGCCUGGUUGGAUCAGAUCAAAUGUCCACAUGUUCUAACCAGAAAUGUUAUCUAGUUGGUCCAGUUUAUGAAAACUGAUUUUUUUUUUUAAGGUGGGGCACCUCUGUGCUCAAUGUUUUGUGGGACAUGCUGGGUAGCACAUUUAGAAGGGCAAAAGGGUGGUGGAUUGAGAUAGUUAAGGGUGCCAGAAGCAUCAGGGACUAGGAAUGAGGCAGGACACUGCCCUCCCUGCCUGGAGAUCCAAGCCACAGAAGAGGCAACACUCUAUUGUAGGAUGCUAUCUCUGAGCACUUACUGGCUUUGCCUCCUGGUGUUUGGCUUGUCCCACCCCUUACCUGCUCAGGAAGUGGUUGUUGUCUAAUUCAGACAACAUUUCUGAUUCCAGCACUUUGUCUAAAGCAGCCCUCAGCUAGAGAACCACGAGCAUUGGGUUUCAUAUAAAGGAGCAAGGACCAUAACAUGCAACGAACUGUCUUUGCUUCUGAAAUAAUGUUACAGGAACAAAAAGGUUGUACGUAGGGUCCUUUUUUAUUUUAAAAUGAUUUGGCUUCUUUUGUCUUUCACAAGUAUACUUCAUUUCAUUUCAUUUGAAAGUAUUACUUUACAUUGGCAAAGUGCUGUUUUGGACUCUGCUGGAGGUGGAAAGUGAGAAGCUCCAAUCUUCCUAUUUUUAGUAUGAUAUGUCCAUCAAGACAUUCAACAUACAUUAGAUAAUUGAUUGCAGGUCUGUUUAAAAACUGCUCAGGGUGACAUAUAACCAGGAACUUACUGGUAGCUUUGAACAUGACUUCAUUAUGUUGAAGAACAUAAGAGCCAUGUGCUGUAAGAUUAUUGUCUAUGGGGAAUGAUAUAUGAGGAAGCUUUCAACCUGUCUAGUGUAUUUUAAUCGUAAAGCCCUUUCGCUAAAUCAUGCCUGUCUUAAUACCCCAGUCCAUCCCUUAUAUGCCCUUAAGACUCUUGAUUUUCAGGGGAUGUGGUUGUUUUAGAUUUUACAGCAAGCUCCUUACAUUUUCCUUCAAAUAUAUUUGCAUCAUGAAUGCAAGCUGAUGGUCCUCCAUUACCUGUCCUUUCUCAUCCCUUUUAAAAUGGCACGAGCAUAAAUCUCAGGGAUCAGGACAAUGUUUGUGUAGGGUCCAAUAACUACAAUUAACUCCUCAAUUCCUACAUCUUUGUGAGAUGAUUUGGAUAUUGCUUUGAAAAGACUUCCAAUUUAGACGACUGCAGCAUAAGAUGGUGGGAAGGAUUCCACGUUUCUCUUUUUGCAAAAAAUACGUAACAGAACUCUGGAAAGUCUAUAAUCAUUUGCAUUCAGAAUGGGAAACUUAUCAUUUGUCUUCACUGAAACUUUAGGAAGGAUAAAAAUUACACUUCUCACUUUAGAGGCUGUUUUGAAAGUCUGCUGUUGUGAGAAACUGAUACUGAUUAUGCAGAAUUGUGGGAAAGGAAGUAGAGAGAAGAUUGGCAUAAUUUUAUUUGGUUUAAAUGAUACAGGAAAUCCCUUGAUAGCAGAGGUCAGAAGCAUUCAUAUAUUCUCAAGGCCAGCAGACAUAGAUUUGGGUGGCUAGUAUUUCAUUCAAUAUGUGAACAUUGGCUUCCCUUAAUCUCAUGUGCAGCUGUCCUCUGUGUUCAAUCUCCUUUUCUCACCUUUCUUUCCUCUCUAUUUGCCUUACCCCCCCCACCCCCAUUCUUCCUUUGGCCCCUGUUAUCCCUGACGUCCUUUGAAAAUUCUGUCUUCCAGCUCUGUUGUAGACUUGCCACAUGCUGCAAUCUUAGCUUCAUGCCACUGCCGCCGCCGCCGCCUCCUCCUCCUCCUCCUCCUCUCCCCAGGCCUUAUCUAAUCCUUCUUUUCAUCAGAACAGCUUAGUCAACAGCAAGCAGAAAAGUCAAGAUGAGAUCAGUUAGGUCACUGUUAGUAAGAGAUCCUUAUUCUUAUCCCACCCCUCUUGAAUCAGGAAUGCUGUGAUAAGAGCUUUCAUCCUAGGCCUAAUCAAGUUCCUUUAUUAUAAUAUAAAUACUUAUCCAAAUUUUUAAGACCAUUUUAAAAUGUGCCAGUAAAUCUUGCUUUCUGGAUUCAGUUCAGGCCAAACUGAGUUUGUACUAUGGGUGCUAAUGCCACUGAAGUAAGUGGGACUGGUGCAAUGAAUGCAAUUCAAAUUUAAUCAAUAAAUUGUGAAUCUAUAGAGGAAGCUGCCUGCAAUAGCUAUGGUUUUUCUUUUUUCCUAGCAAUUUCCACCUGUUUUGUUCACCAUUUACAGCAGAAUCACCAGCUUCAAAAGAGACUACCUAGAUCUUUGCAGGCCUUCUGUUCUGGACUUGAAUCUCUCCAAAACAGGUCCCCAAAGAAUGUGGCGUACUAUGUUUCACUGAAGCCAUAUGCAUGUUUACUCUCCCACAUUCUAGAAAUAACUCUUUUUAGGAUCUAAGAAGAAAAAGUGCCUUUGGGGCUAAAUGCAUAGUAGCCAUCCAUGUAGAUUUAUAAACGCAGGUUCUGUAUACAGGGCUAGGCAGUGCAGUGUGAGCGUCAGUGAGCACUGUAAAAACGAGAGUGCAUUUGGUUUGAUCAAUGGCCCCACAGUUCUCUUUCCAUUCUCAAUGGCUUGGGACUGGUCAGUUGCUCAAUAAGAAUACUGGAA